AUGGCCGAUGGAGCUGUAGGUCACUUUAGUGCCUGUUGUGUAUCUGCAUUUGUAGAAGUUUGGUCAUCUAACAGAACAGAAAAUUACUCGAAAACCUUUGAACAGCAACUUCUUGAUAUGGGAGCAAGAGUUUCAAAAACUUUGAACAAGAAUGUGACCCAUGUAGUCUUCAAAGAUGGACGUUGGGCUACAUGGAGAAAAGCACAGAAGAGGGGUGUAAAAAUAGUUUCUGUACUCUGGGUGGAGAAGUGUCGAGAAACUGGAGUACAUGUUGAUGAGUCCUUAUUUCCGGCAGUAGAUACUAAUGAAGGAUUACCACUACUAAUCAAAAAACACAAAUGUAUGCAGCCAAAAGACUUUAUUGAAAAAACUCCAGAAAAUGAUAGAAAGAUGCAGAGAAGACUGGACCAGAUGGCUAAAGAAUUAGCUGUACAAAAGACAGCAAUUAAUGCUGAAACUGAUGUACCAGUUUUACUAUUUGGAGACAAUGGUUCACUUGUAUACAGCCCUGUUAAUAAGAUAAAAGAUCAAUGCAGUGCAAUGGAAAGAAGAAUGAAGGAGAUGAAGGAAAAAAGAGAAAAUCUUUCUCCUACUGCUUCACAAAUGUCUCAGAAACCUCCAAGCAGUUCACCAGGAGACUGCCCGCUGUCUACUUGUGUCUUAACUAAUUCAGCAGAUGCAUUGUUACCAGGAGAACAAAUGGAAGACUGCUUGAACUCAAGUUACGAUUAUCUUUGGGGAACUGAUAAAUUAAAGAGACAGAAAACAGAGGUAGUAAAAUAUGCCGGUGAUACUUGGACUGAUACUCAUGCAUCCAUGAGUGCAUCAGUGAAUUCUCCCUCCCAUAGCUAUGAGCAGAAGAGCUUAACACCAAAACGACAUAGCAGAAGAAGUCUAGGUGAUGAAAAUGAAGUUUCAGAGUGUCAUGUUACUGAUGGCUCUUGCAAAGUUUUUAAUGAACAAAAGAAUAAGCACAAUGGGGGGUUAAGAAAAAUUAGAAGACUCCAAAAGCCAACAAGGACACUAGUUAUGACGAGUAUGUCUUCUGAGAAACAAAAUACAGUAAUUCAGGUGGUGAAUAAACUUGGAGACUUUUUGUUCUCAAAUGAUGUAUGUGAAACAACAAGUCAUGUAGUUACAGGGAGUCCUCGUCGUACCUUGAAUGUUAUGCUGGGAAUUGCUCGAGGUUGUUGGAUUGUUUCUUAUGAAUGGGUUUUGUGGUCCUUGGAAUUGGGCCAUUGGAUUUCAGAGGAACCGUAUGAGCUUUCAUCCAGCUUCCCUGCAGCUCCUGUAAGUUUAAUGGCCCUAUAA